UCCACAGCUUACUAAUGGUGGAAAUGGUGAGGAGUGGGUAUCUGCAUCGAGUCAAAAGGAAAAGCUAAGUCUUCACGCUAUUUAUAUGCUCGGUUGUCUCUCCAUUCCUCCGUGCUUGUUGGCUUUCAACAGGCCAUGAUCGAACACAGCGAGGAAGUAGCUUUUUGCUCGCUGCUCUUAUUUGUUCACCCAUCGACCCUGCAACCCCUCCUCUCUCUCUCUCUCUAAAAAGAUAUAACCCAGUUCUGCUUUGCCAUUUUAUUCCCUUGAGCUAGCAUGAGUACCAUGGCGUUAGACUCAUGGCUGAGCAGAGUGAAAUCGGCCAUCUUCACCGGGAUCGAGUCCGUCCGAUCGACCAUGAACGCCGACGCCGCCGACUCCGCGCUGGACCGAAAGAGGGCCACCGUUGGCAUCCUCGCCUUCGAGAUCGCCGGCCUCAUGUCUAAGUUGCUCCACCUGUGGCGCUCACUAUCCGACGCGCAACUCGCGCGCCUCCGCAACGACACCAUCGCACUGCCCGGCAUCAGGAAGAUCGUCUCCGACGACGACUCGUUCCUCCUCGGCCUCGCGUGCGCUGAGCUGGUCGAGUCGCUCCGCCUCGUCGCCGAAUCGGUCUCCAUGCUGAGCCAGCGAUGCGUCGAUCCGGCUCUGCGAGGAUUUAGCGGAGGAUUCAAGGAAUUCUCCGACUUUGGCCACGAUGCCAAUCGGUGGGUCAUGGGAUGGAAGGAGAUGGAGUCGAAGGCCAGGAAAAUGGAUCGGUACGUGGCGUCGACGGCCGCGCUCUACAAGGAGAUGGACCAACUAUCAGAGACGGAGCACAGCCUCAGAAAGAUCGUGCACUGCGGUGGCGAGUGCAACCGGAGCAUGUCGACGAGCAGGCUCGCCAUGGUGGCCGAGAUCCAGCAGAAGAUCUUCUGGCAGAAGCAGCAGGUCAAGUACCUGAAACAAACGUCUCUUUGGAGCUGCACGUUCGACGCCGUGGUGUCGCUUCUGGGGCGGUCCGCGUUCACGGUGGUCACCAGAAUCAAGCACAUCUUCCGCGUCGGCAGCGAGUCGUAUCCCUUGCCUCGAAGCCUGUCGGGAUCCGCUGCUGUGUACCCGUCCUCCGACACGGUUUCGCAGCCUUCGAAGUUUUUGUCGGGGCCACCGCUGCUCCCGUCGAAGCACGAGCAAGGAGGCUUCUUCGAGACCGGCUCGUCGAUGCUGGUGCCGCCGCCGUCGACGCUGGGCGCGGCGGCGCUGGCGCUGCUCUAUGCCAACUUGAUCAUAGUGCUGGAGAAGAUGAUCCGGUCGCCGAGGGCGGUGGGGGCGGACGCCAGGAACGACCUGUACGGGAUGUUGCCGGCUAGCGUGAGGUGUCAGCUGCGGGCGAGGCUGAGGGGGGUGGGGCAGGCAGUGGCGCGGGACGUUGGCCUGGCCGCCGAAUGGAGGGCGGCGCUGGCGCGGAUCGCAGAGUGGUUGGGGCCGGUGGCGCACGACACCAUAAGGUGGCAGGGGGAGCUGAGCUUCGAGCGGCGGAGCGCGGCGGCGCCCAGGGCCAACGUGCUCCUGCUGCAGACGCUCUACUUCGCCGACAGGGCGAAGGUAGAGGCCGCCGUCACGGAGCUGCUGGUGGGGCUCAAUUAUCUGUGGCGGUUCGAGAGGGAGAUGAGCGCCCUGGCGUUUGCCGCAGAUCACGGAGCACUCCAACAGUAAACGACGGAAUGGUUCCAUGUGUCCAUCUUUACCUGGUUUGAGUUUGAGGACGAUAUAUGGUGCCAUCGAAUGCUUGAAAGGUUGCAGUUGAGGAAGUCCGUAUAGGAAGGAACCGUUCGUUCUCCUUCUUAUCUGGUGUUCUCUGCAAUGUCCAAACUAACAUGCAGAGCUUUCCUUCUUCUCCUUCUAUUGUUUGUUUGUUUGUUUAACUUCAUGAAGAUGAUGGAGUACAAGAUGAGCUGACGGUGAAUGAAAUAGUGUUCGACUCUGUUCAGAAUUCUGCACUUGUUAU